AUGUCGUUGGAGGCUGAGAUGGCGAUUAUGAGCCUGCGAGAGUUUGAAGGCCUUUUGGAUACAAAGGACUUUGGUUUGCGGAGGGCAAUCUCUUCGCUGCACGCGCUGGCAACCAUACUCCUACCAGAUCCUACCCCGAUCAUCAUGCUGGAUCGCUUGGCAUAUAGCGAAGCACUCAACCAAUUGCAGGCUGGUAACAGUUCAUCUAUUAAUGGAAUCCAUAUCAAAUACAUAGAUGAUAUCUCGUUAUCAGCUCGCGCACGCAUCUCAUAG